UGUGUGUCCGGUGUUCUGUAAUCAGCUGCUGCAGCGCAGACACUUUCCACUUUGAGCUUCUGGCUGUUUUUGAAUCAUACAGUGCCGUGACCUUCAUGGCCAGUCAUGUCUGAAGAAGAGAUCAAGGUUUCCGAUGAGCUUUUCAAAGAUGUCAAAUUCUACGUGGUUGGGGAUAUUGACCAAAAGGUGGUGCAGCUGCUAAAAGCAGGAAAAGCUAAGGAGGUGUCCUACAAUGCUCUGGCCACUCACAUCAUUGCAGAGGAUGGGGACAACCCUGAGGUGGGCGAGUCAAGAGAGGUUUUUGACCUUCCUGUUGUCAAGCCAUCCUGGGUCAUUCUGUCAGUCCGAUGUGGAGACCUGUUACCAGUUACUGGCUUCUCGCCAGAAUCGGGGCAGAUAUUCUUUGGUGUCACAGCUUGUCUUCCCAGACUUCCUGAUGAUCUCAAUGCUCUGUGGGCUUACAUGACCUUUUAUGGAGGAGAAUGCCAGCUUAACCUAAACAAGAAGGUCACUCAUUUAGUAUUGAAGGAACCUAAAGGGGCUAAAUUUGAGUGUGCCCUGAAGCACUCCGGCAUCAAGAUCGUCACCCCUGACUGGAUCACAGAUUCUGUUAAAGAUAAAGCCAGGAAGGAGGAGGCUCUCUAUCACCCCAGACUCACAUAUGUGGAGCCAGAGGAAGAGGAGGAGAGUGAAGCAGAGUCAUACAACCGUCAUUCUGAUGGAAGCUACAGCCCCCAGCGAUCCCGGCUGUCCAGCGGUGGCUCAUCAGAUGAGGAGUCCAGCCCCCGCAGACGACCGGGACCCAAAAGACUGAAUUCUGUCUCCCCGACCUCUCCACGCAAACCGGAGCGCCGCAGCGAACGGAUGUUUGAUGAUUCUGACGACGACUCCUCCACAGAGAAGGAGGGCACCAACCUCAACUGGACGCCGGCUGAAGUGGUCACCCCAGCUCCCCCUAUUACAACCGGCACAGCCAGGCGUCGGAGCGGGCCGCCCGGCAUCAAAGACCCAGUGUCGUCCACAGGCAGUGGGCUGAUCAACCUAUGUGCGAAUGUGCCUCCUGUGCCCGGUAGUGGCGGCGCCGUGCCUGCGGAGGCUCGCUCCGCUGCUGCCGCCAUCGCUCACUCCGCACAGCAAGGUGUAUCUGUUCCAGAGAGCAUGUCAGGGUGGAGCCCGGCUGUUAGGACGCUGCGCAACAUCACCAACAACUCCGACAUGCAGCCUGCCAAUCGAGCAGCCAGCGUUCAUAUCAUCCAGCCUGCUAAUCAAACAAAGCCCCUGGAGCAGCAGACGAAUCAGAGUCAUGCUCAGACCCUGAACAGCACCAAUGUUCUUCUCUUCAAUCAGGCCAAACUGACCAGUCAGCCCCUGACGGCCGAGCAGCAGCAAUUACUACAACAGCAGCAGUCAAACCAGGCCGCUCAGCAGCAUCAGCAGUUAUCACAGCAGCCACAGCACCCCAUGAUGCACCUUCAGCAGCAACAACAGAUGAUGCAGCUACAACACCACCAACAGCAGCAGCCACAGGCUGCUCAGCAACAAGGGUUCCCACAGUUGCCUCUGCAGCAGCAGCAGUUCCUACAACAGCAGCAGCAGCAACAAAUGCACCAACAGCAGAUGUUUUCCCAGCAACAGCAGCAGCACGUGUUCUCCCAGCAGCAGCUGCGACCUCAGCAGCCCUUACGGCCUGGACUACAGCAGUUGCAGCAGCAGCAGCUGCUGCAACAACAGCUGCAGCAGUUGCAGCAGCAGCAAAGAAUGCAGAUGUUACAGCAGAAUCAACAGCAGAUGCACCAACAGCAUCUACAGCAGCAGCAGCAGCACUUCAUGCAACAGCACCAUCAGAUGCAACAAAAGCAGCAUUUGCAGAACCAGCAUCAGAACCAGCAGGCCGUGCAGCAGCAGCAGACAGCCAUGCUGCAGCCACCGCUCCAGCAGCCGCCUCACGUCUCCCAGCUGUUCGGACACGAGCCGGGCCAAGAAAUCCCACAGGAUGGCUUCCUCCUGGGCUGUGUGUUUGGUAUUGCCGACUAUCCAGAACAGAUGGCUGACAAACAGCUCCUUGCUACAUGGAAGAGGGUCAUUCAGGCGUGUGGAGGCUCAGUUGAUCCAACCCUAACCAGCCGCUGCACACAUCUGCUGUGUGAAAGUCAGGUCAGCAGCAUGUACGUACAGGCACUCAGAGAGGGGAAACGCUGUGUAACCGCCCACUGGCUCAACACUGUGCUGAAGAAGAAGAGGAUGGUUCCUCCUCACCGGACGUUACAUCUGCCAUUUGCCUUCCCUCCUGGAGCCAAACCCUGUUCUCAGCACAUCAUAUCAGUGACGGGUUUUAUGGAUGCUGACAGAGAUGAUCUAAAGCUGAUGGCCUACCUGGCUGGUGCCAGAUACACCGGAUAUCUCUGUCGCAGUAACACUGUCCUCAUUUGCAAAGAACCCAGUGGGCUUAAAUAUGAGAAGGCCAAGGAGUGGAAGAUCCCUUGUGUGAACGCCCAGUGGCUGUGUGAUAUCCUGCUGGGCAACUUUGAAGCACUGAGACAAAUCCAGCACAGCCGAUACUCCAUCUACACACAUCCUGAACCACUGGUGCCUAACCCACAGCUGGUCCAGAACCUGCUCGGUACGUACGCCGUCACUGCAGUUGUUACUGCGUUUGUCCUUAAAAACCUCCAGCUGCUGCAGAAGCAGAAGAUCAGCGACUCAGCGAACCCACCUGCAAACAAGAAGGCCAGACUGGAGGAGAUCCAGUCCCCGAGUAAGAAGCUUCCUCCAGAGUCCACUCCUCGGGUCAUGUUCACAGGCUUUGAGCCUAUGCAAGUACAGCAGUACACCAAGAGGUUACACGCUUUAGGUGGGGAGCUUGCAGACAGCAGUCAGAAAGUCACUCACCUUGUGGCCAGUAAGGUGACUCGCACCGUCAAGUUCCUCACCGCCAUGUCUGUGGUCAAACACAUAGUCACCCCAGAGUGGCUGGAGGAAAGCUGUCUCUUUUCCUGUGACACGGUGAUGCAGGGGAAGUACUUCUACCUCACACCAGGCAUCUGUCCGAGCCUCAGCACGAUGAAGUCCAUUCUGGAGAGCGCUGGAGGGAAGCUGCUGACCAAGCAGCCCUCGUACAGAAAGAUCAUGGAGCACAAUCAGAACAAGAACCUUCCGGAGAUCAUAUUAAUCUCCUGUGACAAUGACCUUCACCUCUGUAGGGAAUACUUCCUGAAAAACAUUGAUGUCCACAAUGCUGAGUUCAUUCUGACUGGAGUUCUCACCCAGAAACUUGACUAUGAAUCAUAUCCUUUACAGUCUCACAGUCACUACCAGCACGUCUGCAGACAAAGCAAGACAGUGCAAAGUAUUGAGGAGGAAGAGGAGCAAGGUUUCUUCCUAGGCUCAGUUUCCAGUGAGGGCCAGGCGUGGUCAGCCAUCAUACAAGUGAAAGAUGCAGAAAUUACUUUCAAACUGGAUACUGGAGCAGAUGUGACUGUAAUAGCUGACUCGGACUUGUCAAAGAUUUUUGCUAACGAACACAGACCAGUUCUCCAGCAGCCAGAAAGACCUUUGUUUGGCCCUGGAAAAACACCGCUGGACGUUGCAGGUUUUACAAAGCUACAGCUCAACUACGGAGCAAAACAAACAACAGAGAAGGUCUAUGUUGUAAGAAACCUGAGCACUCCACUGCUAGGCCUGCCCGCCAUUGCAGCUCUUGGCCUGCUGGUGCGAGUUGAUGUGGUUUCAGUGUAUACUCUGAAGACUACUUACCCUAAACUUUGCAAUGGUCUAGGGAAAGUGCAGCGGGUCUAUCAUAUUAAACUCAAACCGAAUGCUGUGCCGUACUCGCUCAAAACUCUGAGAAGGCUUCCUCUGCCUCUAAUGGGAAGGGUAAAGGAGGAACUCCAACGAAUGGAAGAACUUGGUGUCAUUACCCGAGUUGAGGAACCAACGGAUUGGUGUGCCGGCAUGGUUGUUGUUCCAAAGAAAAACAGCCCUGGGCUGAGACUUUGUGUAGACUUUACUGGACUAAAUGAGUAUGUGUGCAGGGAGAAAUAUGUGCUGCCAUCGGUUGAACAAAUCUCGGAAUGCUCGCAGGAGCCAAAGUGCAAACUGGACGCUAACAUGGGCUCCUGGCAGAUUCCCCUGUCUGAUGAGUCUGCCAAACUCACCACCUUCAUCACACCGGUUCCAUUAUACCGUUCGGGAUCAACUCAGCGCCCGAACACUUUCAGCGGAGGUCAUUUAGGGGCCUGGAAAGAGUGGUGUGUCACAUUGAUGAUGUGUUGGUGCGGGGACGUAACCAUCAGGAGCACGAUUCCCGUCUCCAUGCUACACUGCAAAGAUUGGAAAAAGCAGGCAUAA